ACCGGUUUUUUAAACCACGUAAAAAAAUCGAAUACCGAUGGAUGGAACACAUACCAACGGAUAUGCUUAAAUUCUACAAAUAGUUAUACAUUUUUAAUUUAAACGUCAAUAAAUAUGAUCUGUCUUUAUACGUUUCCGCUUGAAACUAAACGGUUGGCAGCAUUGAUAAUUCGUUCUCAUGUCUGAUGAAAACUCCGAGAACAUAAAGAAGUUUUUAUUUAAAGGCAAGAGCCUGAAGAACGAGAACGAGCAGGACGUCCUAGAAGUUCUAAUUCCGGAAAAAGUACAAGCUAGUUAUAAUAGCUACACGUGGCCUUCUGCACCGAUUUUGGCUUGGUUUCUUUGGCAGCACAGGUCGGAGCUGCCGGGAAAGCAUAUCAUCGAGUUAGGAGCUGGUACAGCAUUGCCGGGUAUCGUAGCGGCCAAGUGCGGUGCGACUGUCACACUCACAGAAAGCGCAACUUUACCGAAAGCGUUGCAGCACAUCAAGCAUUGCUGUCAAGUGAAUAACCUUAACAACAACCAGGUACGCGUCGCCGGUUUAACUUGGGGUCUCUUUUUGACUUCUACUUUAAACUUCGCCCCCAUCGAUCUUAUAAUCGGUUCCGAUUGUUUCUACGACCCUUCCGUCUUCGAGGACAUCAUCGUGACUGUUUCUUUUCUCCUCGACAAUAACCCUCAAGCGAGAUUUCUCUCCGUAUACCAAGAAAGGAGCGCCGACUGGUCUAUAGAGCACCUUCUGAACAAGUGGGGUCUCAGGUGUGAACAUCUCUCGAUAAACAACCUAGGAGCCGAGUCAGGGAUCGACAUAAACGAGUUGAUGCAAGAUCACACUAUCCACCUGCUGGAAAUAACUAAAAGAUAAUUUCAAUGGCUUCUGCAGUAAAACAAGUUCAGAAACUGUUUGUCUAUAACCUCCCUUGGACUGUCAAUAGUCAAAAGUUGAGAGCUUAUUUUGCCAAAUUCGGGCAGGUCAACUCUGCUAAUGUGAUUUUUGACAAAAACACUGGACUCUCUAGACAUUACGGUUUCGUUGUGUUCAAUAACCAGAUUGCAUUUGAUGCUGCAAAACAAGCCAAUAAGCACAUAAUAGACGGUUUUUCAGUUAACU